GGGUCGGAUUAAAGAUGGCGCCCUCUCAUGCGGUACAAUGCUGUCAGCGGGGCUUAUCCUGGAUACCUGUGAUUUUUAUCAACCUGGUCGUGUGCUGGUCCUACUACGCUUACGUGGUGGAGCUCUGUAUAUACACAAUCUCCAACACAGAGGAGCAAGUUAUUUAUCUGUUAGUGUUUCACGUCUUUUUCUUCAUGUUCAUAUGGUCCUACUGGAAGACCAUCAUUUCCAAGCCUGCCAGCCCCUCAAAAGAGUUCUGUCUCCCUAAAGUGGACAAAGAGCUCUAUGAGAAAGAGGAGAAUCCAGAGGCCCAGCAGGAAAUCCUGAAGAGAGUGGCCAGAAAUGUACUCGUAUAUACAUGCACAGGAUCUGGGGGUAAGCUUAAAAACUUACAAUGCUUUGGUGAUUUAAGAGACUUCUACACAGAAAAAAGGGAUGAGUCUGCUUCUAACAUUCUGUCUGUGUUUUUAACACUUUGUCUGAAGCUUUGCAGACGGAGGGCUAUAGAGCAUUGCCCGGAGAAUCACUUGCCAGACACUCAUGCAAAGUUCCACGUGUUGUUCCUGUUCUUUGUGGCGGCCAUGUUCUUCAUCAGUAUUCUGUCACUCUUCAGCUACCACCUGUGGCUCGUGGGAAAAAACAGAACCACUAUAGAGGCGUUCAGGGCACCGGUGUUCAGAAAUGGCCCAGAUAAAAAUGGCUUCACUCUGGGCUUCCGCAAGAAUGUCACCCAGGUGUUCGGAGACCAGAAGAAGUGUUGGUGCUUGCCCAUUUACAGCAGUUUGGGCGAUGGCUACACAUUCCCUACCCGCCUAGUCAACGCUGACUCAGAGCAAGGCAAUGCUGAACACCAGGCCAUUAAAUGCACUGUUGAUGGACAGGCAAACCCCAGACCUCUGAGUGAGUCACAGAAUCAUCUCCUAGGCAAUGAUUUGCAGUCUGAGGAGCAGAAAGACAGCAGCCCGACAAACAUCGAGGUGUGUCAGCCUGUUUCAAUUAUUAUGGAGAAUGAGUCCUAAUCAGGACUUGGCAUGGCACCAGGAUUUUUUCUCAUUUAUGAGUACUGUUAUCGUGAGAUGUCAUGUGAAAGAGCACACAACCCUCAAGAUAUCAUGCCUUAAGGUUAGCAGCAUUCUCUCAUAUGGAAACGACCUACAACGUGUUGCUGUGGUGGAUGUAUUUACCUGCGCUCAUAUCUGCACAAACUCUCAAGCUCUUCACACCAAACAACUGGACGGCUCUUUCACUGGGUUUUAUGAUGUUGUGACUAACACACUUUCUUUUCUCCAGACAUGCACAUUUAUUUGAACAAAAUACCCUAAAAUGACCUUCAGGUUGUUCCGUCCAAUGAUUAAUGUGUUUAUACUGGUUUAUCUCUGGGACUACUUCACUUUUGUAGACCAAAAAAGUCAGGCAGGUGUUUCUACCCAAGAUGCACUUUUGUCACCAAGGAUUUGUGUGGAAUGCUUUGCAGAUGUUUACGGAUCUGAAUGAACAUGAAAAGUGUAUUGCAGUAUUUGAUUAGAAUGCGUUCCUCAAUUGAGAUACAUUUCACGACACAGCAGUGUAAACCUCAGCUAAUGUACCAUUGGAGUUUUUCAAGUAUUUUGUGAGAUGAUAAUUCAGAAGAAAGUGCAAUGAGGUAUUUAAUACUUACUUUCUAGAUUUUUACAUUAAUGUACACUCUAUUUGUGGAAAACUCUAUUCAGUAAUAUCCAACAACUUUGACACCUCUACCCAUUCAUUGACACUUUUUCUCUUUUUUCAUUGCAUUAUGAAAUGUUUUCACUUUUUUUCCAAACCUCAUUCCCCGCAGCAUUAUACUAUCAGCUUGUGCCUUCAAAUGAGGGUUAAAUUUUGCAGCAGAUUGUGACAUGAAAGCACACUUAAGAUUUCCAGGUUGUGUAGCAUACGCAGCUCAGUCGAUUAUUGUAGAGGGAACUCAAGCCAAGAUCUUAAACUUGCCACCUGCAUCAAAUAUGGCAAAAUGAAUAAUAGCAAAUCGUGUCAGUGGAGUUUUGACAUGCAUUCCUCAAUUUAAGUUUUAAUUCCACAUGAAUGUGUAAUGAUGUGCAAUUUAUAGUUUUGUUUCUGCUGUUCCGUGAGGUCCGUUUACAGCUGCACCGGAGGACUCUGACCUCAUAAGGAAGCGCUUGUGUGACUGAAAUGCAUGCCUUUCUUUGCUUAAUAUUUUUAAGUCUCUAAAACUCAUGGAAGUCAUUGAAUCAUGUUUAUGUGGAACGGUAAUGUUUUUUAUUAUAGUUUUAUAGAAUUGUCUAUUUAUGUUAUUGUGAAACGUGACCUCUAUAGCAGAACAUGAACUGAUGUAACCAUAGCAACAUCAUCCUGAAAUCUGCCAUGCGUGUAAAAAUAAUUCCUGAUAGGCUGCUGCAAGUCGUGUUCUAUUUGUCUGAGGACAUGAUUGUCUUUAUGAACAUUUCUACAGGCAAGGACAGUGAUUGCCAAAUAUAAAUUUUAAUAUCAAGAAACUCACUAAUCAAUCACUUACUCCCUCAUGAAUAUGUAAUAUAUUACUGGAGUUUGAGUACCAAAAAUAUGUAGGACCAUUUUCUUUUUCUGAUUUUUAUUAUUUCUUUAUGGGGAGGAA